CGCCUGCUUUCUUUCAACACUUAGUAGAAAUAUAGUGCACUUAAAACACAGUCCCGAUUGUGCUCUAACACUGCAAUUAUCCCCCUUAUUGACCAAAACAAGUUCCGGACAUUUCAAACAGAUGAAAUAUCCACCUUACUGACUAAAACAUGUUCCAGGCAUUUCAUACAGAUGAAAUAUCCACCUUAACAAAUAAAACAUAUGUUCCAGGCAUUUCAAAUGGAUAAAAUAUCCACCUUACUGAUUAAAACAUGUUUCGUACAUUUCAAACAGAUUAAAUAUCCACCUAGUCCUUAUUGACUAAAACAUGUUCCUGACAUUUUUAACAGAUGAAAUAUACACCUUACUGACUAAAACAUGUUCCGGACAUUUCAAACAGAUCUAUGAAAUAUCCCCCUUACCGACUAAAACAUGUUCCAGACAUUUCAAACAGAUGAAAUAUCCACUUUACAAACUAAAACAUGUUCCAGGCAUUUCAAACAGAUGAAAUAUCCCCCUUACCGACUAAAACAUGUUCCAGACAUUUCAAACGGAUGAAAUAUCCACCUUACAAACUAAAACAUGUUCCAGGCAUUUCAAAUGGAUGAAAUAUCUACCUUACAAACUAAAACAUGUUCCAGACAUUUCAAACGGAUGAAAUAUCCACCUUACAAACUAAAAUAUGUUCCAGACAUUUCAAACAGAUGAAAUAUCCACCUAGUCCUUAUUGACCAAAACAUGUUCCAGACAUUUGAAACAGAAGAAAUAUAUCCACCUAACAAACUAAAACAUGUUUCAGACAUUUCAAAAAAUACUUCCUUGGUAAAUCCAAAUAUUUUGACUUUUUUCAGAGAAAACAUCACAUUUGAUGCACGGAGUUGUUCAAUAUCUGCCUCUGUUGGUGGCACGGACAUCCAAACACCCUUCAAAAUCUACAUAUACAAUCUUCCCAACAAAUUCAACACAGACGUCCAAACUCGUCUGAUGGCACGACAUCCAGAGUGCUACUCUUUUGAAUACUGUGGAAGUGGAGCAAGGCUUUUCGACAUUGGAGAUGGUGUAACUGUUUAUGACAGCCACCAGUUUUCUCUAGAAGUCCUCAUACACCAUUUGUUGGCGUUAAGUCCUUAUCGAACACUGGAUCCUAACAAGGCAGACUAUUUCUACAUCCCCGCCUACAUCGGCUUACAGUGCCUACUUCACAACGUCACGGCCACAAGAUCACUCAUUGAGGAACUGUUCACUUACUUAAACUCCACACCAUACUUCAUCAAUGGUAAACCCCAGUUUUCUUCUCUGGGAAAAAUAGAGCAUGAAAUGAGAUCCAAAGGAAGCUGUCCUUAUCUCCUACAUCCCAAUACCGUGAACAUUACCUUCCUAUCCAUUGAGAGGGCGUUACACAGAAGUGCCUUGGGACAACGGGUGAUUUCCGUACCCUAUCCCAGUUAUAUUCACCUGACGAGAAAAAACAGUUCUAUACAAAACCUUCUGGCUGCCUCCCAGCGAAAGAUAUUCAUUCUAUUGGCAGCCAGCACUAGGAGAUCCAUAAGGUAUCGUAACAUCAUCAUGGACCAGUUCACAGAAAAGACCACAUUGUCUUACGAACAGUACACGAGGCAUAAACAGAACAGUACUACACCCAUGGUCAUGCUAAUUACCAGGGAAUGUGCACAGAAACCUAGAUACUACACAGUGCCUUGGAUGCUCCAUUCCGUCUUCUGUCUCCAGCCUCCUGGGGAUUCUCCUACAAGGAAAUCUUUUUACGACUCCCUCCUGAGUGGAUGCAUCCCAGUUCUUUUUCCCUACCCUAAUCAUCCAUCUGCCUGGGCAUUCCAAAAUCACUUCAACUUCUCAAAAUUUACUGUUACCAUUCCAUACAAUUAUAUGCACUCCAAGACUAGCAGAGUCUACGAUUUUCUGUCCAACAUUUCUCCUGUACAUGUAGAUACUCUACAAAAAGAAGUCUGGAGAGUAGCACCCUGGUACCAGUACGGCAUUCCUGAUGGAGCCCAAAGUGACCAACAAGACGCUAUGACAAUGAUACACAAAGACCUUGUUAGUGCCUUUUCCAGACAGUAAAACACUGCUGAGGGAGUCCUCAGUGCUAUAUUGGAAACGUAGUUUGGCCAAAACUCAUUUUCCUUCACAAAGAUGGCCGCAUUAUGCCGCAAGCAUGUUAACUUUUCACAUGUGCUGCGUAAAGGGCCACGUGACCAGCACUACUUCGCUGCUUGAUUAUGACCUUGCAGUGACCACAGUCUUAGAGUUUGAAGGUCAUGAACUAUCGAACAGUUUAACAAUCCAAAUCAAUUAAAACGCAGACCUUGAACAUUGUUACGUUCUUUAAUGUAUUCUGUGGAAUCCUUAAAUUUUGCGGGGACUCAAUUGUCAUGGAUUAAAACCUGCAUCCCACGAAUUUCAAACUACAACAAAACACAAAAUUUAUACAAUUUUUCAAAGAACACUACAGAAACCACAUUCACAUCCCAACAAAACAGCAAAAUCUACGAAAACGGGCCCCACAAAUUUCAAUGAUUUCACAGUAAUCCAAUAGUCUUUCCAUCGAAAUAAUACUCCACAUCACCAAAUCAGCUCCCUGACCCUGCGGCUGUAUUUGAUCUUGCCCGAUGCCUUUAUUUCUCCUGCGGUGAAUGACUUCCUGUCUUGCAUGAUAAAUGACCAUUAUUCUUUGAACUAUACAUAACUUGAUACCUCAAAGCAUUGCAUGCUGUGAAGAUGACAUCGUUAUUCUCGUAAUGUGAGAUUUCGGUGAUUAAAAAUAACUAUUGAUUGAGGAAACGGAUCUAUUGAUAUUUAAGGAGAAAAGAAAUGCAAUUGUUUAGAUUACAGAUAAUUCAAAAAUGCAUGUAAAUUAAAGUUCC